AACAAAACAGCUGUGUUUGUUUACUUCACGUAGUGUGCAACGGGACUUGGCGCAUCAAAUUGGAAUUUCCUUCAACGUUAGGACUAUGAGCUGGCCGGGAUUAGAUAUUGGAUCCACUCCUGGCAAGGGCUACUACUACGAUGUGUACAAUUCAGCGGACAAAUGUGUGCUUUCUGCGCCGCUUCACAUAUUUCAAAGCUACCUGGUCAACGUUGGUUGGACGCCGAUUGUGGACUUGGACUUGGUGGAAGUGGUGGAAUAUAGGGCGGAUAAAAAGUCCUGGCAAUCUGUGCAAAGUAGUGUGCGUAGCUUUUUGAUGGUAAUGCCCAUCUUGUUAGGUUUCACACUGUCUCAGUUGCUCUGCCAACAUUUAUCCUUGAAUUCUACGCGUCGCUUCUUGUUGGAGUUCCUGCUAAUUGCUGUGCCCACUGUUUGUAAUAUGGGGUUGACCACCCAGUAUAAUUGUAUUUAUGCUGCAUUAGUUGCCGCGCAUAUUGUCUUCCAGCUGUGGCGCUCAGGUGUUUGGUCAAGGUCUGCAGCUGAGACGACGGAUUACAUCUUCAAAGUGGGCAGACGUCCAAUUGUCUUCACAUUGAUCCGUGCCACAGCCUAUGUAGGAACUGGUGCCGCCAUCCUUGCCAUUGACUUCAAACAGUUUCUAGUGAGCAAUGGCAAAAGCCGAGAUUUCGGUGCUACCAUUAUGGAUGUGGGCAUUGGCUUGUUUGUGGUAACAAUGGGAUUAGUAUCGCAACGUGCACGGCACUUGGAUGAUGUGAAAAAGUUACCCAAAGCAGUAUUGCCAUUGCUGGUACUUGGCUUGGCUCGUACUGUUGUCAUCACCAUGAUCGACUAUCAUCAGGAUGAGAGGGAAUACGGCAAGCAUUUGAAUGCGUUCUUCACGCUGGGAUUAACCAAGCUCUUUGGCAGUCUUUGCACUUUGUUAGCUCCAUCCGAUAAGCAACUGCUGCCAUUGAGUUUAGGUAUUCUAGGCCUACACGAGCUGAUCUUACAACUGGGACUCUCCGAGUAUAUCAUGUUAACUGCGGAUCGUAAGGGCUUCCUCGACUCCAAUCGUGAGGGCUUGAGUGCUCUGCCUGGUUGCAUAUCACUCUAUUUGCUCAGCAUUUACUUGGCCAAAUGGUAUACGUCCAAGGAUCAACUUAACUAUACACAAUUCUUUGCCAAGCUGUGUCACAUGCUGAUCUACACCAUCACUGGCUGGAUAUUAGUCACUAUCUGUGCUUUCACUUGUGGCAUAGCGCGAGUUACCUUUAAUACGGGCUAUAUCAUUUGGUUAUUCAGCAUCUGUGUGACAUUGAUGCUUCUCUAUGCAUUCCUAUUUGAGUUCGCCUUGGUGUCUGCAAGACAAAAUACUAUUCAGAUUCCAGAUUCUAUCAAAUCUCCGUCUCAGGUUGCUCAGAGUAAAUCUACUGAUUUGCCCGUCAUUGUGGAGUCACUAAAUAUGAAUGGACUAACCCAUUUCAUGAUCUCAAACUUUCUGACGGGUUUUAUCAACAUGACGCUGGAGCCUAAACAACGCAACUCUGUAGAAAGUAUAAUCAUUUUGACGCUUUAUAUGCUGUCUACUGCAUGUAUAGUCUAUGUUCUGUUUCGUAAGAAGAUCCGUAUAGCUUAAAGCUGUGAAUAUUUGAA